GAGAGAGAGAGAGAGAGAGGUGUCAGGCGAACUGUGGGAAACUAACGCGACCCGGCUGACGGACCGAGAGCUGCCCGCUGAAGGUUGUUGUCCACGUCUCCUCGCCCGGUGGGACAACAAGGACAGCGAGUGUCCCGUCGCUCUAUCGCGGAGAGGUGGUAAAGGUUGUCCAUCCGUCCCCCGCGUGCUGCUGGUGGCACAGGCUCCACAUACUGCCAAGGCGUUGAAGAUGGCAGUGUGGAUCCAGGCCCAGCAGCUCCAGGGAGAUGCUCUGCACCAGAUGCAGUCGCUGUACGGUCAGCAUUUCCCCAUUGAGGUGCGACAUUAUCUGUCCCAAUGGAUAGAGGGCCAGCUCUGGGAUGCCAUAGACUUGGAGAACCCGCAGGAGGAGUUCAAGGCCAAACGGCUGCUGGACAGUCUGAUCCAGGAGCUGCAGAACAAGGCCGAGCACCAGGUGGGAGAGGACGGCUUCCUGCUAAAAAUCAAACUGGGACACUACGCCACCCAGCUGAAGAGCACGUAUGACCGCUGUCCGCUGGAGCUGGUCCGAUGCAUCAAGCACAUCCUCUACACGGAGCAGAGGCUCGUCCGAGAGGCUACCAACUCGAGCUCUCCGGUGGGCGGGAUGAUGGACAGCAUGUCUCAGAAAUACCAACAGAUCAACCAAGCCUUCGAGGAGCUACGCCUGCUGACCCAGGACACGGAAAACGAUCUGCGCAAGCUCCAGCACAACCAGGAGUACUUCAUCAUCCAGUACCAGGAGAGCCUCCGCAUCCAGGCUCAGCUGAGCAGCCUGGCCACACUGCCCAUUGCUGACCGACAGCUCCGGGAGCCCGCCCUUCUCAACAAGAGAGCCACCGUGGAGGCUUGGCUGACCAGAGAGGCCAACACACUACAGAAGUACAGACUGGACUUGGCGGAGAAGCACCAGAAAACACUGCAGCUGUUGAGGAAGCAGCAGACCAUCAUUCUGGAUGAUGAGCUGAUCCAGUGGAAGAGACGGCAGCAGCUGGCAGGCAACGGGGGCCCGCCGGAGGGAGGCCUGGACAUCCUGCAGUCCUGGUGUGAAAAGCUAGCUGAAACUAUCUGGCAAAACAGGCAGCAGAUUCGGAGGGCAGAACACCUCCGGCAACAGCUGCCGAUCCCCGGACCCAUUGAAGAGCUGCUCAACGAGCUCAGCAGUACGAUCACAGAUAUCAUCUCAGCAUUGGUCACCAGCACCUUCAUUAUCGAGAAACAGCCCCCACAGGUGCUAAAAACCCAAACCAAGUUCGCCGCUACAGUGCGCCUCCUGGUGGGUGGGAAAUUGAACGUGCACAUGAACCCGCCGCAGGUGAAGGCCACCAUCAUUAGUGAGCAGCAGGCCAAGGCCCUGCUGAAGAACGAGAACACAAGGAAUGAUAGCAGUGGAGAGAUUCUCAACAAUAACUGCGUGAUGGAGUACCACCAGACUACUGGCACUCUCAGCGCCCACUUCAGGAACAUGUCUUUGAAGAGGAUCAAGCGAUCGGACAGGCGAGGAGCAGAAUCUGUCACGGAAGAAAAGUUCACCAUUCUGUUCGAAUCCCAGUUUAGCGUUGGAGGAAAUGAGCUCGUCUUUCAAGUGAAGACGUUAUCGCUUCCUGUGGUGGUGAUAGUUCAUGGUAGCCAAGACAAUAACGCCACGGCUACUGUGUUGUGGGACAACGCUUUUGCAGAGCCGGGACGGGUGCCUUUCCUCGUGCCGGACAAGGUGGUUUGGCCUCAGCUCUGUGAUGCCAUCAACAUGAAAUACAAGGCCGAGGUGCAGAGUAACCGGGGCCUGUCGGAGGAGAACCUGGUCUUCCUGGCUCAAAAGGCCUUCAGCAGCUCCAGCAACAACCCUGACGACUACCGCAACAUGACUAUGACCUGGUCGCAGUUCAACAGGGAAAGCUUGCCAGGGAGGAACUUCACUUUCUGGCAGUGGUUCGAUGGCGUGAUGGAGCUGACAAAGAAACAUCUCAAACCACACUGGAAUGACGGAGCAAUACUGGGCUUUGUGAACAAGCAGCAGGCUCAGGACAUGCUGAUGUCCAAACCCAACGGUACUUUCCUCCUCCGCUUUAGUGACUCUGAGAUCGGAGGAAUCACGAUCGCCUGGGUGGCAGAAAAUCCUAACAAAGCAGGUGAGAGGAUGGUUUGGAACCUCAUGCCCUACACGACCAAAGACUUCUCCAUCCGCUCUCUGGCCGACCGCAUCAGCGACCUCAAUCACCUCCUGUUCCUCUACCCCGACCGGCCCAAGGAUGAGGUCUUCUCCAAAUAUUACACCCCGCCCCUCUCCAAAGCGGUGGACGGCUACGUGAAGCCGCAAAUCAAACAAGUGGUGCCCGAGUUUACUACAGCCACUCCAGACCCAGCGAGUGGGAAUCCAACCUAUAUGGAUCACGGCGCCUCCCCAGCCCCCGUCAGUCAUCCUCACACCUACGGCAUAUUCCCACCUAUGAGUGACUCUAUGUUGGACGCGGAGGGCGACUUCGACCUGGACGACACCAUGGACGUGGCGCGGCACGUAGAGGAGCUCCUCCGGCGGCCCGUAGAGAGCCAGUGGGGCGGCCAACAGUCCUGACCCUUGACCUCUUUAACCUCGUGACAACACCAAACAAACCCUGCUUCCCAAAACGCCCCGCCCGCAUUGACAUUAUCAUUAUUUUUUUCGGAUAGCUGAAAUGUGAAAUGUUAAUAAUGGUUGUAAUUUCUUUAUUUUUCUCGUUGGAGACUUAUGCUGUUUUCAUUUGCGUCCAUAAGUGUUUUGGAAAACAGACUAGGUACAGUUUUACAUUAGAGUGCAAAGGAGAAGGAACGUUGAUGUUCAUUCACAUGGCGGAUGCAUUUCCUCUUGAUUUUUGAAAAAAUCCAAAAGAAAAAUCAUUUUAACAGUUGGGUGUUUCUACUUUGACAUUUUCUGAAUUGUAAAUUGUAUUUUGAGAGUGCCGCCGCCGUUUGACAAGGAAAAGAAUCUUUCAUGAAGAGUUUUGCUUUCGCUAACAUAAUCGGGGUCGUCGCUCUGCAGUCAGUUUCAUGAAUCCACGCACACUAACCUAAAGGCGGAGUGACACCUGUUGCUCUCGGCAACUGACAGCACACGCAUCAGCACGCUGUGCUCGCGCUUAAGUGCACAACCUACUAGUUGUGAUUUGUUCACCAGCAGAAAUGCAAAUUCUAAGCAUUUACCCGAAGCUGCCUGCUUUCUGCUCUCAGGUCCCUCGGUUCCCCUCGUCGAUGCUACCUCGCAUUAUUCUACUGACAGCCGUCAUUACUAGUUUUUGUUUCUGCACCACUAUUCACACCAGUCGAUACUGUUAUAUGGGGUCUGUUGAUGUGAUUUUGUGUUAACGUAUGUGAAGACUGUCUCCCCGCUGCCCGACACGCUAACACUGUUUCGGCUAGUUUGUUUUUUUGUUUUGUUUUUUUGCUCGAAAAACGCUUGUCCGAUGAAGUCCGGACGCACAAAGUGUCCUGAAUAUUUGGCGUCCCUUGUGACUUUCCCGCCUCUCUGUCCACUUACUGCACCACCAGCUGAAGUCGCAAAGGCGUUGCGGUAGAUGGGUAGAUACGUAUGCUGUGAAUGCAUGCAGCAGCUGCUGGGCCGCAAGCAGAGCUCGAGCAUGGCGUGCCGCGUCACCGCCUUUGUCUGGCUUUAGAUUUCAGGUCGAGAUUAGAUUCCAACGUGCGUACCCUUGUUGCUACACAACAAAAAAAAAGAAGGACGCCGUAUAUUGGUUGGUAAAUACAUUGGUGGACUGGACAGGGUUGAGACUAAUAGCCCUUCUUCUAACACAGACAUGCACAAUGCUGAAUAGAAAAUGUGUCGACAGCCUUGCAUCUCAGGAAUGAAUCGCUUUGCUUCGCUUCUGUACAAGCCAAAUAGAAAACGAUCAAAGUAUACAGAAUAUAUGAAUUUAUUUUAUCUAUCAUAAUUCUAUUUUAUUAUUGUUUCUCUGGCACUCCCCUUAUUGAAUGUAAGCCCCCUUUGCAUGACUCAGUGGAGAAUAUUUGUACAAAUACCUCCUCAGUCGGAGUGUCAAGUCUCGUACCACCAGAAGUACCGGUUGAAAAAGGACGCGGAGCAACUGGAAAACGGAGAAGAAGAAUUUUUAUUGUGUUUUGUUGGACUGACAUUAAUAUUUAAGAUAUUUCCUCGUCAAUCUUUUCCUUUUUUUUGUUCCUCUGCUAAUUUAGAAAUCCCAAGCUAGACGAGCUGUCUUGUGAUAAAUCCGUCAUUACCGGUAUCGUUUUCUCAUCAGCUUUGUUUCACUGUCGCCGGUGUUUUUUUGUUUUUUUCUGGAUGAUGUAGAUGGAGCUGUGUGGUGUUCGAUGUACGUACCAUGAUUGUGGUUUGAGUUCAUCACUUGGAGGUUUUCCAAGAGAAACAGCUGUUGAAAAUAAGAAAAUAAAGUUUUAUAAAUAAUUUUAACUAUUAUGUAAUUUAAAGCAGCAUUUUGUUUUUACAUCAUUUUAAGAUUUUUAUGUCACUACAAAAUAAAUGCUACUAUUUUGUUA